AUGUUGCCUAACCCAACUCAAUACUGGUCCAAAAUGAAAAGCGACAGGCUUCUGCAUUUGGGGCUUUCUGGAGAUUCCGCACAGAGGCCCCAUGAAGCGGUUCGCACCCUAUACGAACGAGAUAUUGCUGCAUUGUCGAACGUCCUCUCAUCGCUCAAGGCCGCGAGGAACGCUCAUAUUCCGAUCCACGAGCUACCGGAUGAAGUGCUCCUCGAAAUAUUUGUAGUGGCCGAGAUCCGUUCCAUGGAAUCCUCUGCGGCUGUUACUAGUGCCUACACUAGCACGUCGGCUUCUCGAAGACUAUCGAUGGCCAUGAUCUGCAGUCAUGUCUGUACUCGCUGGCGCACAUUGGCGCUCACCAGCAAAUCGCUAUGGAGGGUCAUUGACUUCGCCUCAACCAAACCUGCAUGGGUAUCAGAAGCACUCCGGAGAUCUACCCCUGCGGGCCUUAUGAUUCGCGUCGUCCCUUCUGAGCCGCACACCCUCAAUUUCAACGAGCUCAUCUCUAUCAUUAAACCACACUCUCAUCGCAUCAUCGAUCUGGAGUUACAACUCACAUCUGCUCAAGCGAUCUCAAUCAGAGAGAGCUUUCCCGUUUGGGCGGCCCUUGGAGCCAUACAACGGCUUACAAUCCAUAGCCAUAAAGAUAUGGCGCGCGAUGGCUUCUUUGGGCAACCUCCCCUUGCAUCAUGGCUCUAUGGAUUGAUCCCUUCACUUCGAGAGGCAUAUCUUCCUAUCUCGAUGUUUACCGGAAGAAGCAGGAUGCUACAGACCAUCCUACCUGAUGAACUGACAUCCUUGCAUCUAACCAACGACAAUCAACACUCGUGCCCUCCGGAAGCUACCGUCUCCCUACUCCUUGAUCUCCUCACUUUCCUCCGACGUUCAACGAAGCUGAAAACGUUGACCUUGAGCAAUGCUCUGCCGCUUGGACGCAGACCCCUUCUUAUGCCGGGGCCGAGUCCCGUUCGGCUCGGCAGUCUUGAGCAACUGGAGGUCGUAGAGAAAGGCGAUUCAUGUGCUCGCGUACUGGAUCUCAUACGAUACUCCAACGAGUGCAGUGUCAGAUUAGUAACUGACGGAGACCAGGACUUUCGACAAGUGCCGCGUGUAUUGCCCCUCGCCCUGGCCGGCAGCGUGCCUGUGUGGUUGUGCGUAGAGCUGUCGACAGAGUCGCGGCCCACACAGCGGCCUUCGAGCGAUCCGGCGAGGCUUGUGCUUGCGCAUGUCAAAACAUCGCCUUCACCGCAGCAAUACUCGAGGGAAGUCGUACCCUCGCAUCACCUGACAUUCCGCUGGACACGCGAUUGGGGACCACAAUCUGCGCUAUGCCGGUCCCUGCUCGAAGCGGUACCGCUCACUGCUGUCACGCAUUUGGUGCUGAAAGGGCCCAUACAACUAUCUGCCCCGGACUGGUUCGACGUCUUGACCAAGGCGUCAGCCGUCGAGAAGCUCGUCAUACACAGCGUCAAAUCCGGAGGGUACAAUCUCUGCGUCGCGCUUGGGUUUUCCGUCACAGCGAGCACGCCGGAGCUGAAUCCUGGCGGCGCACUGCUUCCAUUGCUCGCACACCUCGAGCUUCGGGAUUGCGAUCUUGGUGUGGCUUUUCGCGUACAUGCCCCGGAGCACGGGAUGUUCAUGGAGACGAAUGAGUUUAUUCCCCUCGGCGAGCAUAUCCUGCACGCCCUGCAGGCGCGCGUUGAACUCGGAGCAGUUCCGCGCGAGCUUGUGCUCACGAAUUGCUCCAGGAUAGAGCAGUCUUGGAUAGAGGAGCUGAAGGUCAUAGUGCCAGAGGAGACGCGGGAGUGGAACUUCGCCGCAUGGUUAGGGGAAGCAAACACGAGUUGA